AGAGACAUGGCCAUCAAACUGGAUGUAGAGAGAGGUGAGGUCAGUGUGCAAGAAGAGAUAAGAGCACCACUCAUACCAGAAGAGAAGACACAAGCUGACAAAGUAGAUGCCGAGCCUGAUGCUGAAGAUCAGACCCAAAAAAGCAGCAAAGAGGAUCAAUGGAUGGUCUACCUCACCACGUUCGUUGCAGUUUGUGGUUCGUUUGCAUUUGGAUCCUGUGCCGGUUAUUCAUCACCUGCUCAGUCCGCCGUCAGGGAAGAUCUAAAUCUAUCUAUAGCAGAGUAUUCAUUAUUUGGAUCAAUAUUGACAUUUGGUGCAAUGAUUGGUGCAAUCACAAGCGGGCCUAUAGCUGAUUAUGUUGGUCGCAAAGGGGCACUGAGCAUGUCAAGCGGUUUCUGUGCAGCGGGGUGGCUGGCAAUUUAUUUUGCCAAGGGAGCUCUGGUUCUGGACAUUGGAAGACUUGCCACAGGAUAUGGAAUGGGAGUAUUUUCCUACGUGGUACCUGUGUUCAUAGCUGAAAUUGCGCCAAAAAAUUUACGAGGAGCUUUGACAACCAUAAAUCAGCUCAUGAUUUGUACUGGAGUAUCUGUUGCCUUCAUAAUAGGAACUGUGCUAACAUGGCGGGCUUUAGCAUUAACAGGACUGAUCCCAUGUGUUGUUCUACUUUUGGGUCUGUUUAUUAUUCCAGAAUCCCCCAGAUGGCUGGCAAAGAUAGGAAAACAAAAAGAGUUUGAAGCUGCACUAAAGAGACUCCGUGGCAAGGAUGCUGAUAUAUCUGAUGAAGCAGCUGAAAUCCAAGAUUAUAUAGAAACUCUCCAACAGCUCCCCAAAGCCAGACUACUGGAUUUAUUUCAAAGAAGAUAUUUGCGCUCAGUCAUCAUAGGAGUUGGACUUAUGGUCUUUCAACAAUUUGGAGGAAUCAAUGGAAUCUGUUUCUACACCAGCAGUAUUUUUGAGUCAGCAGGAUUUCCUUCUGAUGUUGGAACUAUAAUCUAUGCAAUUCUUCAGGUUGUAAUUACUGCACUAGGUGCAACCUUAAUAGACAGGGCUGGAAGAAAACCUCUUCUUUUGGUUUCUGCAGCAGGAUUGGUCCUUGGUUGCAUGCUGGCAGGGAUUUCAUUUUAUCUGAAGGCUCAUGGAAUAGCACUCAAUGCAGCACCCGCACUUACUGUAACCGGCAUACUGGUGUACAUAGGAUCCUUUUCAAUAGGAAUGGGAGCAGUUCCAUGGGUUGUAAUGUCUGAGAUAUUUCCUAUCAACGUUAAAGGAGUUGCUGGAAGCCUAGCAACACUAGUGAACUGGUUUGGUGCAUGGGCAUGUUCCUACACUUUCAAUUUUCUCAUGAGCUGGAACUCUUAUGGUACCUUCAUUCUUUAUGCUGCAGUCAAUGGACUUGCUAUUUUGUUCGUGACCCAGGUGGUACCUGAAACAAAAGGGAGAACUUUGGAACAAAUACAGGCUGCGAUUAAUGUUUGAUAAAGAACGUUAAGGCCAUUGAUGCGAGAAUGUUUGUGAUCCCAUUAUCUGAAGCGAUUUAAUGUCUGCAAAAAUCAGUCAAGUCAAAAUUGUUUGUUGAUUCCAUUAUUUUAAUUUAUGUGAAGUGACAAAAUUUACUUCAGUUGCAUGAAUCCCACACUACUAACCGCAGGAAAAAAAUGCCGACACACACAAG